AUGGUUUGCGUUUGGACUCAAUAUGGAAGAUUAUUUGAUCUCACUGGCAGUAAAAGAUGCAUUGAUCUGGGAAUAAGAGUGGAUGCAACGGUUGAUUUAGUUGUCAAAACGCAUCGACGACGAAGACACCGAGUGGCGGUGCUUAAUGACAUCGAGAAUCAGAUACAGAACAUGAAAGAGAGAGGACUAACGGGUAGGGAUGAUGUUAAGUUAUGGAAAAGAGGAGACAAGUACACAUCGACUUUCAGCUCCAAGGAAACUUGGAAACUAUCAAGAGUACCUCAACAGAAAGUGAAUUGGAGCUCUGGGAUCUGGUUCUCUUUCAACACGCCUAAAUACUCUUUCAUAGCUUGGCUUGCAACUCUCAACAGACUUGCAACUGGUGACAGAAUUCAGAAGUGGAACACUCAACAUCCUAGCUCCUGGGUGUUCUGUAAUGACCCCUUGGAGUCAAGAAAUCAUCUUUUCUUUGCUUGCAAGUUCUCAGAGGAAGUUUGGAAAGGUUUAACACAGAAUCUACUAUCUGCGCGCUACACUAAUCAGUGGGAAGAAAUUCUGCAACUCCUCCUUGUUCAAAACAGAGACAAGACUGAAACAUUUCUUGUGAGAUAUGUGUUUCAAGCUACUUUAUAUGCCUUAUGGAGGGAACGUAACCAGAUCACAUGGAGAAACACCGAAGACACCGGGACACCUAAUUCAAAUGGUGGACAAAAAUGUGCGUAA